AUGAGAGUCUCCGCCGCCAUCUUUGCCCUCGCCACCACGGCCGGUGCCUAUGCCGCCAUUGUUAUCCCCAUCAGCAAGAACAUCACCGCGGACCAGAUCACCCCUCAGUCUGUGGGCGCUGACAUCGCUGCUGUCACUGCCAAGUGGAGCACCCGCUUUGGUCUUUCGGGCAACGACAACAGCUUUGUCCCCACCAACACUCCCAUCAUCAACCUGGCCAACUAUGCUUACCUCGCGCCUAUCUUGAUUGGCACCCCUCCUCAGUACUUCAACGUCCAACUGGACACCGGCUCUAGCCGCCUCUGGGUCGAGGGUUCCUCCUGCACCACCUGCAAAGGUGCCGACAAGUUCGACUCGGCUUCAAGCUCGACUUUUUCCUCAACGGGUACUCCCGAGUCGCUCCAGUAUGGCUCUGGUAGCUGCAGCGGCACCCUUGAUUAUGACGCAGUAAACUUUGCUGGAGUUAUCUCUACCUCUCAAAUCUUCAACGACAUCAGCUCCGUCGACUCAGUUUUCGCCAGCCAGACUGCCGAAGGCAUCGAUGGUAUUCUUGGUCUCGCCUACAACAGCCCGGCUCAGUCUGACACCUCUCAGGAAGGUGUUGUCCAGACUCUGAAGAGAACCGGCGUCAUUGAUCAAGCUGUCUUUGGCUUCUGGCUCAACGGCAGUCCUACCGACAGCGUCGACUCUAACACUGGUGGAGAGUUCACCCUCGGUGGCUAUGACUCCAACCGCUUCACCGGCAGCAUCACCUGGCUCACGCUCGAUCCUUUCUUGGUCGGAGGCACCACCCCACUUUACUACUACUGGAGCCACGCUUUGACCGCCAUCACCAUCAAUGGCCAGAGCACUGCCAUCACCGAUGGUUCCCUUGGUAUCCUCGAUACAGGAACGAGCUGGAUCGUUGCUCCUCAGAGCCACUUGACCAACAUCGUCCUUCCUGCCUUGCCGUCUCAGCCGACCUACAAUCCUGCUUAUGGCGUGUACACUGUGGACUGCUCUGUGGCGUCGCAGUUCCCUGUCAUCCAGCUCGCGCUUCAGGGUAACCAGUUCUCGCUCCUUCCGGAGCAGUAUAUUCUCUAUUUCCCUGGAAACAAUCCUCCCAUCUGUGUUUUCGCCAUCUCGGCCAUUAACGGUGCCCCUGGAUGGAUCCUCGGCGAUGUCUUCCUCCGCAACUACUAUUCCAUCUACGACUUCGACAACUCUCGCUCUGGCUUGGCUCUCGCGGUCGGCACGACCCUUCCUCCUCAAGUUCCUUCCCCGAGCCCGUCCACCUCCUCGACUACCUCCUCCGCCACUUCGUCUUCCGCCACUUCCUCGGCCACUUCGUCUUCCUCGGUUUCUCCUUCGUCCUCGGCCACUUCGUCCUCCGCCUCGUCCUCCGCCACUUCGUCUUCCGCCACUUCCUCGGCCACUUCGUCUUCCUCGGUUUCUCCUUCGUCUUCGGCCACUUCGUCCUCCGCCUCGUCCUCUGCCACUUCGUCCUCCGCCUCGUCCUCCGCCACUUCGUCUUCCGCCUCGUCCUCGGCCACUUCGUCUUCCUCGGUUUCUCCUUCGUCCUCGGCCACUUCCUCCUCUUCCUCGUCUUCCGCUUCGUCCUCCGUCUCGUCUUCCGCUUCGUCCUCCGUCUCGUCUUCCGCUUCGUCCUCCGUCUCGUCUUCGGCCACCUCCUCCUCCGCUUCUGCUUCCUCGGUGUCUCCCUCGUCUACCGCUUCGUCUUCCUCGGGUUCUCCUUCGUCUUCGGCCACUUCGUCCUCUGUGUCUCCCUCUUCCUCCGCUUCGUCCUCCUCCGUUUCUUCCACUUCGUUCGUUUCGACUUCCAGCGCCACCUCCUCCGCUUCCCCUUCGGCUUCCUCCACCGCCCUCCCUUACAAGUGUGUCCCCAUCGGAUACAUGUAGAUUGCUCUCCUCCCGUCUCAGUCCCCGCACGGUUAACUUUUGACAUCUCUAGUUGUCGCUUCCCUCCGAUUAGACCAAUGUAUCUUUACUAGACGUUAGUUUAGUUUACAGUGUUUCUUCAGUGUAUGUCAAUCCUUAGGUCUUGUCUUUGGCUCAAAGAGCCCCUCCAACUCUAUUCAAUACACCUUUGGUCCAAAAUUUACAGCACAUCUUGUUUUGAGUUCGGGAUGGCAUGAUUUUCUGGAAUCCACCUCACCCACUGUGCAAAUCUCGAAUGCAUGCCUCGCACUCCCGCAUCGCGACAUUGCUGCCAGUCGAUCGUCAUCUCAGGAGAUCGGCCAGAUGUAUUCAAGACUGUGUUCCCGAAACCGGCCAAACCACUGGAUAGCGAGAC